GAGGAAUCGGCAAGCUACCGAUUGUUUCAAGGCCGUCGGGAACCUACCGAUGCUGCUCUAUCACUAAAACUUGAUAAAAUGUUUUUAUACAACACUCACUUAUAUUCUCCGUGCAUUCGACAUUCACAGGUUGAAAAACCUACAAACCCGGGUCAAGAUAGAGAAAGGCAAAGUGACGCGAAUGAUCCCCUAUUUUUCUCGUCUGUGUAUGCCAAGCCCUAAUCUUGCACGCCAAUAUGCCAAGCGAAGCCAGCGGCGACUAUUAUCAGCAUGUCGUCGUGUACGGAUUACCCUAUGACCGCGGGUUCUCGCAUGGACAGCAAGCUAGGGAUAAGAUUCUGCGGAAUAUAACUUAUUAUAAAGGGCCAGGGAACCUUAUCGCAUGGUGAGACACCAUGCCCGGCGAUCUUGUGUCUAUCUACUCAUACUUGGUAGGCCCACUGCGCUGAGGAUUAUUCGGGAAUGCUAUAUUCCAGGCUUGGAAAAGUAUUGGUUAUCGGGGCUUGCAGAAAUGCGUGGCGUCGCCGACGGUGCAGGAGUGGACCUGGAGGAUAUAGUGUUAUUGAAUGCUCGAUAUGACCUCUCCCACAUUAGCAAUCCUUCUACAACAUGUGAGGAAACCACUCGAAGUCUUCCUAAGUCGGCCCCCGAAAACGAGGAAGGACCACACUAUCUGUCGUAUCCGCGAGCGUCUUCUGAAUGUACCAGCGCGAUUAUUCUAUCGGAGGCGACCGGAGAUGGGCAAGUCUACACGGCUCAAAAUUGGGAUAUGUCAGAUCGGCUCUUCAAGGAAGACGGGAUCAUCUACCUCGAGGUUCAUCCGCAUCCUUCAGAGAAUCUACCGUCCUUAUUCCUCGUAAGCGAGGCCGGCCAACUGUGUCGAUCAGGAAUGAAUUCGGAUGGGCUCGGAUUGUGCGCCAAUUCCCUGUGUAGCUCGAUCGAUGCACUGCCAUCCUCGCUUGACACCAGUGUGGGGAAAGGGGAAAUGCCGGCCAUUCCUCCAUCCUCAGCUCUACGACGACUAUUCCUAGAAAGCCCUAGCUAUGCCGACGGUCUGAAACGAGUCGCCAGAACACCCCGUCACGUCUCCUGCAAUCUGAUGUUGACCACCGCAGACAAUAUGGGCAUCUGUCUAGAAAUCACCCCCCGCAUGAUUUUCAGGAUAUCCGGGUCGGCCGGCUCCGACACUCCGUAUAUUCUCCAUAGCAACCAUUUUCAAACGCAGGCGUUCUUGUGUCAGUCCGAGAUCCAGGACUGUUUGGCGGGGGGCAGUUCGUGGUACCGCGCUGAUCGGCUGGAAGUAGGCAUCCGGAGAAAAGCGCUGAUCGGGUUUCUUACAGAGUCCGAUAUUAUCAACGCCUUCAAGGACCACGCUGGAUAUCCCCACAGUCUCUGUGAGCAUUCCGCGCGGAAGGCAACCGGGGGUCCAUUUGUGCAGCCCGGCCAGCCGAAUCCUUACUCCGGUUCGACAUGCACGGUCAGCUGUGUCAUCUACAAUCUCACCAAGAGAUCGAUCAAAGUGUGUAAGGGGCCUCCAUGCAGGGGGAACUUUCAAGAGUUUACGCUAAAGCGGGCCUUUGAAACGAGACGAUAAUUUAAAAAUGAGAUGCAAAAACGUGCAGACAACUUGGCGCUGGAAAAGUUUUCCGCCUUCCUCUUUGAGCAA